AUUACCGGCAUUCAGCACCACUGCCGGGCGAGUUUUUAGUCGGUGGUCAAACCACAGAGAAGGGUAUUUAUCUUUUUUAUUUAUAAAACUUGUUUACAGAAUGCCUGGAUAUUCCGACAGAGACCGCGGCAGGGAUAGAGAUAGAGGCUAUGGCGGCAGCGGUGGUCCUCCUCGCUUUGGAGGGAACCGUGGCGGCGGCGGCGGUGGAGGAGGAGGGGGAGGAGGAAAGUUCGGCAAUCCCGGUGAACGACUGCGGAAGAAACAAUGGAACAUGGACGAGCUCCCAAAGUUUGAGAAAAACUUCUACCAACAGCAUCCAGAUGUUGCCCGGAGGUCUCCGCAAGACGUCGAAGCAUACAGAAGGGCCAAAGUAAUUACAUUUAAGGGACGAGAAUGCCCAAAUCCUAUUGCCAAGUUCCACGAGGCCGCCUUUCCAUCGUAUGUGAUGGAUGUGAUUAAUAAACUAAACUGGAGUGAACCAACACCCAUCCAGGCUCAAGGCUGGCCCCUGGCCCUCAGUGGCAAAGAUAUGGUUGGCAUUGCACAGACUGGCUCUGGCAAGACGCUUUCCUAUUUGCUGCCUGCAAUUGUGCACAUCAACCACCAGCCAUUCCUGGAACGUGGAGACGGCCCCAUCUGCUUGGUGUUGGCCCCGACCCGUGAGCUGGCACAGCAGGUGCAACAGGUGGCUGCAGAGUAUGGCAGAGCUUCUCGCCUGAAGUCCACCUGUAUCUACGGAGGAGCACCCAAGGGACCCCAGAUCCGUGACCUGGAAAGAGGUGUGGAGAUCUGCAUCGCCACUCCAGGGAGGCUCAUCGACUUCCUCGAGUCAAGUAAAACAAACCUCCGUAGAUGCACUUAUCUUGUGCUGGAUGAGGCCGACAGAAUGCUUGACAUGGGAUUUGAACCUCAGAUCCGGAAGAUUGUUGACCAAAUCAGACCCGACCGCCAGACACUGAUGUGGAGUGCCACUUGGCCCAAAGAGGUCCGUCAGCUGGCAGAGGACUUCCUGAAGGAGUACGUCCAGAUCAAUGUUGGGGCCCUGCAGCUCAGUGCCAACCACAACAUCCUGCAAAUUGUGGAUGUCUGUAAUGAUGGAGAGAAGGAAAACAAACUCAUUCGUCUGCUUGAGGAAAUCAUGAGCGAGAAGGAGAACAAGACCAUCAUCUUUGUAGAGACAAAGAGGCGCUGUGAUGAUCUCACCAGGAGGAUGAGAAGGGAUGGGUGGCCAGCUAUGGGAAUACAUGGAGAUAAAAGCCAGCAGGAAAGAGACUGGGUUCUCAAUGAGUUCAAAUAUGGAAAGGCUCCGAUUCUCAUUGCUACAGAUGUUGCCUCUAGAGGUCUAGAUGUUGAAGAUGUGAAAUUUGUCAUCAACUUUGACUACCCCAACAACUCUGAGGACUAUAUCCACCGCAUUGGCAGAACAGCUCGUAGCCAAAAGACAGGCACGGCUUACACCUUCUUCACUCCAAACAACAUGAGGCAGGCCACUGACCUCAUCUCUGUGCUCCGCGAAGCCAACCAGGCGAUCAACCCCAAGCUCCUCCAAAUGGCGGAAGACAGAGGAGGUCGUUCAAGGGGAGGCAGAGGUGGUGACUUCAGAGAUGACCGUCGGGAUAGGUAUUCUGGAAGGCGUGAUUUCGGCAGUUUUAGGGACCGGGAUAAUGGUAGAGGUUUUGACAACGGACCAAAUAAAACCUUUGGCACAAAUACGCAGAAUGGAGGCUAUGGGGGCGGCAACACCAGCAGCGGCAACGGCUUCACUGGAGGCAGCUACAAUGGUAAUGGACAGUCCAACUUUAACAACCAAACUGCAGCCUUUGCAGGCCAGAAUUUCCAGGCCCAACAGUUUGCUGUCCCUAAGGGUGGCACACAGACUGGUGCGACUCACCCCCCAUUCCCCUUCCCCCAGGCACAGGCUCCUCCUCAGCAGCAUCCUCCACCGCUGGUGCCGUACCCCAUGCCUCCUCAGUUCUCUCAGUAACCGCACCAUACACUUGAAAGAAGUAAUUUAUUGCUUUUUUGUCUUGUUGAGUUCUACACUUAUUAAAGAUUUUUUUUGUAUUUACACAACAGGGUUACAAACAACUUCAGCCUCUAUCAAGCCUUUUAAAGAUCUGCAGUGCAACCAUACUGUUGCAGUUUUUUUUUCCUAUUACUAUUUAAUUUGUUACAUUCCCUCAGUAAUGUUUAGUUAUGUUUUGUACUAGGUAAUUACAAAUGUAUUGGUUUUUCAUGUGUAUCCUUGAAAGUGAUGUUAAGCUCCUAAUUGGAAGUGCACUGCAUGAUCUUUCAAAUAAAACUUAAAAUUAA